UUCCGAGCGAGCGAAAUGUUCAGUGUGCGUGUGUGUGCCGCGCCGUGUGUACGUGUAGAGGAGCUAGUGACAGUGGUUUUGACAUUGGACACACAACAUGGCAUCUAAGCAGGGCUACCAGCCAGCCCCCACGAGCGUUGUUCCCGCCGCUGGAGCAGGUGAAGCGCCGCGCAGACCUGGCCUAGUGAGAAGAGGCAUCCAGUUCGGCAGCAUAGUCCUCGGCAUCCCCUGCGUCGCCUGCCUCGCUGUCUUCGGCGCCGUGUGUCUCCUCCUCCCCGGGGUCAUCUGGCUCUCAAUCCUAGACGAAGAUGAUGACGAUGCUGAGGACGUGGUGCCUGGCAUCGUCUUGGUGGCACUAGGAGCAUUCUUCCUAAUCAUGUCGGGAGUGCUGUGCUGCGUCAUCAAGAGAAAAUACAGAGAAUUCCACGACCAGAAUUUCGGAACCCCGGGUCGCGUUAUAGCCACCCCGGGCCAGCAACCCCCCCAGCCACUGCCCCCACAUCCUGCGGCCAUGCAACCCCCUCCUGCGGCCAUGCAACCUGCCCCUUCAGCCCCCUAUCCUACGGCACCCGGCGAAGGGAUGGUAGUGCCAGAUCCUACUGUACCAGAGGGCCAGAUGUACCCCCAUGUGCCUGUGGAUUACAACGCUGGAGCUCUGCCGCCGAAGGGGGGGCUUCCUCCUGAUCAACCCCCUCCUUAUUCUCCUUAAGGAAUUUAUCUUCGUCUCUCUUCCUCUCUCCUUCCUUCCUUAAUCUCUAAACCUCCUUUCUUGGUAAGCGUUCAGCUCCCUCUUCCCUCUCUCUUCUCCUCUGCCUUCUCCUUAAGGAAUUUUUCUUCAUCUCUCUUCCUCUCUCCUUCCUUCCUUAUUCUCUAACGGGGGGGGGGGGGGUUCUUGGUGAGAGUUUAGCUCCCUCUUCCCUCUCUCCUCUCCCCCUCUUUCUCUUCUGCUCUUCCCCCCUUCUUUCUUAUCUCCUCUUCUCCUUCCAUUUCCUUCGUUCUUUCCAUAUGUCUCCUUGCCUUAUAAUCUCCCAUUUAUGACUUUUAUUUUUUUUUCUUUGUCUCCCUCCUUAUAAUGUAUUUUUUGUAUUCAGUUUAGGUGCUUGUGAUUGUAUUCUAUAUCUAUACUUUCUGAAUCUGUUUAAGAAACUGUCUUUUGUUUCUCGAGUGGUACUUAGUAGGUUUAUAUAUUUUCUCUUCGUUCCACUUAUUGCAGAUUCUUUUCAGAAAUAUGUGGAUCCUUUUACUGAAAGGAUUAUGUUAUUUUUAUUUUGAAUAUUUCCCACAUAUCAUUAGGGUUGUUAAUAUUAUUAUUAAUAUUAUCAUUAUUAUUAUUAUUAUUUUAUUAUUAUCAUUGUCAUUACUGUUAUCAUUAUUAAUUCAGUGAUAUCAGAUUUAUUUUUAUAUUUUUUUAGAAAAAAGAGAAGGAAAUUAAUCAUCAAUGACGUAAUAACAUCAGUGUCUAAUGUUACUCAUGAGUCAUAAACGAUGGUGACGUCAUAUAUUUCUAGAUAUAAUCUAUUUUUAUAUCAUUAACCUGAUGUGAAUAGAUAUAUUAUCUUCAUCUAUAUACUUAUAACACAAAAAGAUGAUACAAGGCAGAAAGAUAGUUUUUAAUCUUGUCUGCUGACAUUUGUUAUUUGUAUUAUUAAAUGUUUUAACUCGCAGACAACAAAGUGACGUCAUACAAGAAGUAUUGGAGCGCCAUCUACGUUAUGACGUCAUAGGUUAUGAUGAGGUCCCAAUUAGUAUUAUUGCACUAAUUCUUCCCUCGUCGCAUUCCCUUCUUGAGAGUAUCAUAGAUUCUCAUUGUUCUUAUCAAAUGAUAUUUUACACUAGCUAUUUACCAGGCGCAACACGUAGAUUUUUUAUUUUUAUUUUAGUUUUAUGGCUUCUCGAAAGGUGCUAUGGAAGACUUAAAUGUACCUUAAAUGUUUGGCGGUUCCAAGGUCAAACGGUUCGUAGAUUAAGCUUACUGUAGAGACGAAAUUAGAGUCAAUUUCUCUUGUCUCUUAUCUCUAGUGAAAUUUGUUAGCCAUGUUUUAAGAGAUGUUUCUCUUAAUUUGUUUUGUACUGAUUUAUACAGUAUAUUAAAUACACUUCGCUAUA